AUGAGGAACCCGCGAGAGCUCGCGGACCAUUCAAAAUACUGCUGCUUCCAUCGGCAACAUGGGCACAACACUGAACAGUGCCGUGAGCUAAAAAGGCAAAUCGAGGAGCUCAUCCGCCGAGGGCAUCUCGGCCACUACCUUCUGCCGGACAAAGAGCUAUCACCUCGCCCGGAGGGCCCCGUCGAGAGACACAUCGAUGUAAUCGCUAGCGGCCCCGCAUCGAGGGGGGGCUCCAUGUCGGGAAGAAAGGCGUACGCCCGAGCCGCUCCAGACGUAACCUCUGGAUACGGGCCCGAGCCCGAAAUCACCUUCCCGACCGGGGUAUCCGACCAACCCGAACACGAUGAUGCCCUUGUGAUAUCGGCUAUGGUGGCCAAUGUGCAGGUAAGAAGGAUCAUGGUCGACAUUGGGAGCUCGGUCGAUAUACUCUACUUCGACGCCUUCCAGAAGCUCGGCUUGGCUAGGGAGAAUAUGAGGCCAAUGAGUUCAGCGCUCACCGGAUUCAUAGGAGAUUCGAUAUCACCUCUGGGGGCUAUUACUCUGCCCUUAACCCUAGGGGUCCCGCCGAGGUCGAAGACAGUAAUGACCACCUUUUUGGUGGUCGACCUUCCCACUGCUUACAACGCCAUACUUGGACGGCCGACCCUCAACAAGGUCAGAGCCGUCGUCUCGACCUACUACCAAACCAUCAAGUUCCCGACUCAUGCUGGGGUCGGAGAAGUUACGGGAAGCCCCCGAGAGUCCAGGUGGUGCUACCUGAUCGCCGUUUCACUACACAAGAGGACCAGGAUCGAGCUGCCGCUGGAAGAUCCGCGGGAAACAAAAAAGCCGACCCCUCAUCCCGAGCCGAGGGGGUCCACCGUGGAUAUACCAUUACAAGAAGCCCGGCCUGACCGGACGGUCAAAGUUGGUUCGGAACUACCCGAACAGGAACGAGAGCAGCUCGUCUGCCUCCUGCGGGAAAAUGCCGACGUCUUCGCCUGGUCCCCAUCUGACAUGACGGGCGUCGAUCCAGGAGUUGCACAGCACCAUCUCAACAUCCCACCUGACGCUCGCCCGGUGAAACAAAGACCCAGGCAGCAAGCCCCUGACCGGCAACGUGUCAUACGAGAAGAGGUGACCCGUCUUUUAGCGGCAGGCUUCAUAGAAGAAGCCAGGUAUCCUCAAUGGCUGUCCAAUGAUGGCACCCGAAGACAGAGAGCAUACGACCUUCCUCACCGAUCAAGGGUGUACUUCUAUAAGGUCAUGCCGUUCGGAUUGAAGAACGCCGGGGCCACAUAUCAAAGAACGGUGAACAAGAUGUUCGCCCACCAGAUCGGGAGGAACAUGGAAGUUUACGUGGACGACAUGAUCAUGAAAAGCCAAGAGGCCGGAGCACACAUUGUCGACCUGAUCGAGGCGUUCGCCACGCUACGCAAGUUUGGUAUGCGACUUAACCCCACAAAAUGUGCCUUCGGUGUCACCUCCGGGAAAUUCCUCGGGUUCAUCAUACACGAAAGAGGAAUUGACACCAACCCGGAGAAGGUCCAGGCAAUCAUCGACAUGCAGUCACCCCGGACGAUCAAAGACCUGCAGCGACUUAAUGGAAGGCUUGUUGCCAUGUCUCGCUUUCUCGCCCGGUCGGGCGAUCGCUGCCUCCCCUUCUUCAGGGCGCUCAAAAACCCGAAAAGCUUCCAGUGGAUGACGGAGUUCAGUUCCGUCCUGAUCAAAGAAAGCUUUGGCGAACAACUUCCGAUCUACUACGUCAGCCACAUCCUGAGCGGACCCGAGGGGCGUUACCCGCCGAUAGAGAAACUCGUGCUCGCCCGGGUGCUGUCAGCUCGGAAGUUGCGCCCCUACUUCCAGGCCCACCCGGUGGAGGUCAUCACCGACCAACCCCUUCGGCAGCUCGGCGAACAUGAUAUAAGAUACGUGCCCAGGACCGCCAUCAAGGCCCAGGCGGUAGCUGACUUCAUCGCGGAGCUAACUCAGGUGGCAGACGGGGAUCUCGAGCAACCUCCCAAGGCUUGGAUCCUACACGUGGAUGGCUCGGCCAGCUCAAAGGGUGCUGACGCAAGACUGGUUCUGCUUGCCCCCGACGGCCGCUCGUUCGAGCGCUCCCUCCGCUUCGGGUUUAAAGCCACUAACAACGAAGCGGAAUAUGAGGCACUCCUAGCAGGACUCAGGUUGGCCCUUGAGAUGCAGGUGGCUGCUAUACACGUCCUCAUUGACUCGCAGCUUGUGGCCGAGCAGCUCAGCGGUGGAUACGAGGCUUGGGACCCAACCAUGGCGAAAUACCUGGCACGGGCCGAUGCGCUGGCUAGGCUGGCGUCGAAGCCGACCUACGAAGCACGACCGAAGGUCGAGGAGCUUCCUGCCCGCGCCAUCGAAGUAGCGACUAUAGCCCCCGGCAGUGUGCCGAUCACAUGGGUGCAGGAGCUGCUACGCUUCAAGCGGGAUGGGACCCUUCCCCACGACGAAGUUGCGGCUCGGCGUCUGCGUCGUACAAACGCGUGGUACACUGAAGAGAGUGGCCGGCUUUAUAGGUGGUCCUUCACCUACCCCCUCCUACGAUGCUUGGAGCCCGACGAGGCCCAGACGGUCCUGGCCGAGAUCCACGAGGGAGUCUACGGAGAACACAACGGCGGGCGAACCUUGGCACACAAAAUACUUCGCCAAGGUUACUACUGGCCGACCAUGUGCCGGGACGCGAAAGCUUACGCGCAGCAGUGCGGUUCGUGCCAAGAACACGCCCACGCACCCCGACAGCCUGCGGUCCCACUUAGCCCCAUCGCGUGCAUGUGGCCAUUCGCACAGUGGGGGUUGGACCUGCUCGGACCUUUCCCACCGGCUUCGGGGCAACGAAAGUACAUCAUCGUGGGAGUGGAUUAUUUCACGAAGUGGGUCGAGGCCAAGCCGUUGGCGACAAUCACAGAGCAACAAAUGGAGAAGUUCGUGUGGAGAAACCUGGUGACUCGGUUCGGGUUGCCCAAAACCAUCAUUAUGGAUAACAGACCUCAAUUCACUGGUAGGAGGUUCCGAGAGUUCUGUGCCAGUCAUGGCAUCCAACUAAGGUUCAGCUCAGUGGCCCAUCCUCAGACGAACGGGUUGGCAGAGGUAACUAAUCGGUCCAUCUUGGACGGACUCAAAAGAAGGGUGUCCGCAGCUCGAUCGGCCUGGACCGACGAACUCCCUAGCGUCCUAUGGUCACUAUGCACCACUCCCAAGACCGCAAUCGGAGAGUCCCCGUACAGCUUGACGUUCGGAACCGAAGCUGUCCUGCCACCCGAGGUGGCUAUCUCCACCCUUCGGACGAGGAGCUACGACGAGGAAGUCUCGAACGAGGGACUUCGAGCCAGCCUCGACAUGCCUCGAGGAGCGACGUGCUAA